UACAGCAUACAUUUGUUGUGCCAGUCGCACACCACAACCGCAUCAGUGAGUCCAUUUCAGCAACUCCAGUUUCUGCUGCUCUGAGAAAAGUCCCUUGGUCCUGCCUACAACUUCGUCUCCAGCUCUCGCUACUGUGACCAGAGCAGCCGCAAACUCCCAGGCCCCUCCUUAACGACUUCAAUCGCAUCGCGUUCGAUAAAGAACCGGCAGAAUGAGGGCCGUCGCGAUCAUACUGCUGCUGCACGCGUGUCUGUCGUCGCAUCGCCUCGUCGCGGGCCGCAUUUCGCCUCUCGCCGAGGCGGACGGCGCCAGCACCCGCCGCCUGCUGCCAGCGGCCACGUGUCCCGCGGGCGUCGUGUGCCCGUCGGGCGCGUCGUGCGUGGUUGACGGCAACGGCUUCCCCUUCUGCAAGUGCGCGGCGGGGCAGGCGAUCAUCAAUGGCGUGUGCGCGCCGGCCGCCAGCUGGAAGGAGGUCGGCACCAACGUCGUGCUCUACAACAGCGCCUCGUACGCCAACUCGCCCACCACGCUCGCGCCCGCCGUGCUGCGCGGCGCGGCGCCCAACAGCAGCUCGUGCGUGAACCUGCCGGCGUCGUUCAACGGCACGGUGGGGUCGCUGCGGAUCAUGUGGAACGUGAACGAUGGCGUGGCGGACCACCUGCUGUGCGGCAAGCUCUUCUUCUGGAACCAGCCCAACUGCUGCUGCUCCGGCUCCGGCUACCAGAUUCCCGGCGGGUGGAGCGCCGCCAACCCUAACAACUUCUCCUACGCCACUACCAGCAUCAAGACGAUCACCGCCGGCAGCAUCAUCGCCACCGCCCGCUCCAUCUCGUGCCAGGCCGCCAUCGCGCCGCCAGCCCCCGACCCGUGCACCGGGUACUCGUGUCCGGCCAACUCAGCGUGCUCCAACGUGAAUGGCGUCGCCACGUGCUCAUGCAAUUCCGGCUACCAGAUGGUCAACGGGCAGUGCGUGGUGCCCAACCCCUGCACCGGCUACACGUGCCCCGCCAACUCAGCAUGCUCCAACGUGAAUGGCGUCGCCACGUGCACGUGCAAUUCCGGCUACCAGAUGGUCAACGGGCAGUGCGUGGUGCCCGAUCCCUGCACCGGGUACACCUGCCCCGCCAACUCAGCAUGCUCCAAUGUGAACGGCGUCGCCACGUGCACGUGCAGUGCGGGCUACCAGAUGGUCAACGGCCAGUGCGUGGUGCCCGACCCCUGUGCGACGGCCAACUGUCCGCUCAACUCGGUGUGCUCCAACGUCAACGGCGUCGCCACGUGCACGUGCUCCGCGGGCUUCGAGAUGGUCAACGGCCAGUGCGCCGCCCUUCCCGCUGUGGACCCCUGUGCGACCACCACGUGUCCGCCCAACGCCACGUGCUCCGUGGUGAGCGGCGCGGCGCAGUGCGCGUGCGCGGCGGGCUUGCAGAUGAUCAACGGCCAGUGCCAAGUGCCCGACCCGUGUGCGGGGUUCACAUGCCCGGCCAACUCAGCGUGCUCGGUUGUCAAUGGCGCGGCCACAUGCGUGUGCGCCGCGGGCUACCAGAUGGUCAACGCGCAGUGCAUCGUGCCCGACGCUUGCACCGGCUACACCUGCCCCGCCAACUCAGCAUGCUCCGUUGUGAACGGCGCCGCCACGUGCACGUGCAACGCCGGCUACGAGAUGGUCAACGGCCAGUGCGUGGUCCCUGACCCCUGCCUGAGCACCACGUGUCCCGCCAAGGCGACGUGCUCCGUGGUCAAUGGGGCGGCCAAGUGCACGUGCGCCGCGGGCUACUCCCUCGUCAACGGCGCCUGCCAGCCGGCGGAUCCCUGCUCGCUGGUGACGUGUCCCGCCAGCUGCACGUGUUCCUCCGCCAAUGGCGUCGCCAAGUGCGCCUGCGCCGACCUGUGCUACGGGGUGAAGUGCCCCGACCUGUCCACGUGCACGCUCCUGCUGGGCGCGCCCGUGUGCAAGUGCCCCGCGCCCUACACGCGCCUCAUCGACAACAAGUGCACCACCGCAACUCUGGCGAAUUCGGAGUAUUUGGACAAUCAAAACGCGGCCAGGGCGGCAGUGGGCUCCGUUCCGCUGGUGUGGAACGCCACAUUGGCGGCGCACGCGCAGGCGUGGGCAACCACGCUCACCAACAGCACGUACAACUGUGGGCUGUCGCACGGCGGCAACCCCGGCGAGGGGCAGAACCUGUCAGGGGCCAGCCCUUCGGGGUACUACGCGGCGCCCGCGGCUGUGAGCUGGUGGGUGGGCGAGGGCGACCUGUACAGCUUCGCCGUGUUCUCGGGCGGCUGCAGCACCGGCAACUGGGCUGACUGCGGCCACUACACCCAGGUGAUUUGGAAUAACACGAAGACGGUGGGGUGCGGCAAGGCAUCAUGCGGCACGAGUGCGGACGUGUGGGCCUGCAACUACUACCCGCCUGGCAACUAUGGCGGCCAGCUGCCGUAUGUGCAAGACCCGUGCUACCGUGUGGCCUGCCCGUCCACGGCCACCUGCGCAGUGAGCUACGGCCAGCCGGUGUGUGUGUGUGCGGCGGGGCAGGUGCUGGUGAACAACGCCACGUGCCUGCCCGACCCCUGCCUGUCUGGCAGCACGUCGUGCCCCGGCAACCUCGUGUGCGACGGCUCCUCUGGCACCGCCCAGUGCGCCUGCCCCACCGGCCUCGUGUCCAUCUCUGCCGACACCUGCGUCCCACCGGCAUGUGUGGGGGCCACGUGCCCAUCGCAGGCGACAUGCACGGUGGACGGCAGCGGCUACCCCUUCUGCCAGUGCGCGGCGGGCUCGUACCUGGCCAACAACCUCUGCGUGGCUGGCACUCCUGCGGCGGUGGCGGCCACGAGCCUGGCGCUCUACAGCGCUGCCUCCUACACCAGCACGUCCGCGCUGCCCGGCCCAGUGCUUGUGCGCACGGGGCUGCCCGUCAACACAUCGCGCGGCAGCUGUGUGGACAUCCCCGCUAGCAUUGCUGGCACCGUGCCGUCGCUGCGCGUGCUGUGGAACGUGCCCGACAGCACGGGCGCCCCCAAGCAGUCGUGCGGCACACUGUGGUUCUGGACCAGCGCUGCGUGCUACGGGUCCGCCACUGGCUACUACCGACCCGCGGGAGACAUCACCAACUUCGCGACCACAUCGGGCAAUGUGGCAAUAGUCAAAUCCGUUGCCUGCCAGUUGUGACAGCCACCUGAGCAAACUCUUUGAUAGCCCUCGCAUCUUGUAUAGUUGAGAAAUUCAGCGCCCUUCUCCCAGCCUCACUUUCCAGACUUGAGUUGCGGAUUAGCCUCCUGGAGCUCCCAGGUUGUACCAUACAUGAUUAAUUCAUUUGUCCACUAGUUGCCUUGCUCCUUGUUCGUGCUCCGUUUUUGUGAUGAGCCUUUGUGUGAAUGAAUGCUGGGUGUACUGCCGUAACAGAUAUUGCAACAAUUUUGUUAGAAAUACCC